AUGGAGCAGAGCCCUGGACAGGGCCUCCGAAGGCGUGUCCCUUCGACCAAACCACCCUUCACUCUCGGAGAACUCAAGUCUCGUGUGCCGAAACAUUGCUUUGAAAGCUCCCUCCUACGGUCUUGCUACUACCUGGCGCGCGACGUGGCCUUAUUGUGCGCCCUCUCCCUCUCGGCUGACACGUACAUUCCCUCCCUCGCGUGGCCGCUUCAAUGGGUGGCGUGGCCUAUCUACUGGGCCGCGGCGGGGACCGUGGCCUUCGGACUGUGGUUUCACGGCCACGAGUGCAUCCACGACGCCUUCAGCAACCACAAGUGGAUCAACGAUGCGGUCGGAUUCGUCGUUUUCACGGGUCUCCUCGUGCCGUAUUUCCCGUGGAAGUGCUCGCACAUCAAGCACCACGCCAACACGGGCACUCUCGAGAAAGAUGAGGCUGUCGUCCCGAAACAGAGGCCCUCGAAAGCUAGGAGGUUCCUGAACAACCGCUUGGGCCGGAUUCUCAUCAUGGGGCUGAUGUUGACGAUAGGGUACCCGGUAUACUUACUGUUCCACAUCACAGGACGCCGCUACCCUCAACGGAACAACCACUUCUGGCCGUUCAGCCCUAUGAUCCCGCGACGCAUGCGCCUCUGGGUACUCUUGUCCGACACCGGAGUGCUCGCCGUGCUAGUUGCACUCGCCUGGCUAGUGAACGUGCACGGCGUCGCUUGGUUGGCCAUUCGCUAUUGGGCCCCGUACAUGGUCGUCAACGCUUGGCUAGUUGCCUCCACGCUCAAUCAUGCUCACCCGGCACUGGCGCACUAUGACGAGGACACGUGGGACUGGCUCCUAGGGACGCUGACCUGCACGAUGGACCGUGAUUUCGGGCCGCUGCUCAACUGGGUGUUUCACGAUGGCCUCAAUUUCCACAUGGUGCACCACGUGUUCCCGCGGAUCCCGCACUACCACUUGCGCGAGGCGACGGAGGCGCUGAAACCCGUGCUCGGCGAGUACUACCACAGCGACGCCACACCCCCGCAUCGAGCCCUCUACCAAGUCGUCAAGGAGUGCGUUUUCGUCCGCGAGGACGUCGACCAGAAAGGGGUCUACUGGUACGAGGGACUCUUCGACAUGUAG